CCCCCGAUUCCGGUGAGUACUUAGACCAUAACGAAAGAUAUAUGCAAAUUUGCCCCAGUGUUGGUCCUCUCGGAAACAAGGAAACGAAUCAUCGUUACUUGUUUCCUAGAAUUUCGGCGCUUCGUUAUCGAGUAGUUAUAUAUCAAAGGCUUUUCGAUUUAUGUUAUCAACUUAAUUCGGUGGAUGCGAUCUUGUCUACUCGGAGCGUAAGCGUUGAUGGCUUCAUUCACUGAAAUGAAAUAUUACCAACAUCGAGGGUACCCACUCAGAGCAUGGCAGUGUAGUGGAAGCGAGUCUCUCUUAGCGUUGGGAAAUUUCCCAGUUGACUGAUUGUAAAAUUCGCGUCGAUUGAAAAUCCUAAUUGGUGGUUAUCUGAAGAAAGCUAAAGUCCCUGUCCUUCUCAAAAGGAUUUGUUUUUAAAGAGCUUCUGACGGAAGGCCAUGGCAGCCAGCGGAAUAUCCUUCCCAAUUUCUGCUGGUCUUUGUGAACCCUCAGUGGCGGGUCCAUCUGAAGAAAAGACAAAUGGCACAAGGCUGACAAGACUACUCAUUGAUAAAGGAACGAAGGCUCUAAGAAAAUUCUUAGAUUCUUUUCAUCCAGGGUCAACAUUACAGCACGCAUUAUGCAACAAUCGCCCAAAGCUUGAACAGCUGAAACGGAAUCGUGUAAUAUUUGAUACACAAUGGGAGAAAUUGUUUCCUUCCUCAGGUAAACCGCCAGACUCGAAAGAAUUCGACAUCACGCUUCUACACUUAUUGCUCCGUGAAAUUUUUCAUCUAAAAGCCCCGUCUAAUGGAUGGCAUAAAAUGCCAGCAGACGCUGAUGCGACCCCUGAAGCCAGCAUCGUCCGUAUAAAAUGCUAUCGAAAUGAGCUUUGUCACAGUGUUUCUACUGGAGUCCCGAAUGACGAAUUCGAAGACAAGUGGAACAUGAUAUCUUCGUCUUUAGAAGUACUUGAGGUAGCUGCCUAUCGGAAGAAACUUCAGUCCCUGAAGAGUGCCACUAUCGAUCACGAUGCUUGGUUGGUGGAAGAAGAACUCGAACAAUGGCGGAGGGAGAAAGAACUAGAGAAGAGUGGAAAAGUCUCUGAACUCUGCAGUUGUCUUCCAGAUGACAGGCCAGAGGAACAUGUUAUUGGUCGUGGUGAGCAAAUACAAGACAUCAAAGAUAAAGUUCAAAGUGGAACAGUACCUGUAGUUCUGAUCACUGGUGGACCGGGAUUCGGAAAGACCACCGUAGCCAAGCGAGUGGCCUGUGAAUUAGCCAAAGCAGAAAAUAAAAGAACCGUGUUGUUUUGUAGCCUAUUAUCAAAGACAACUUUCAACGAAGCGACUGUGGAAAUGAUCAACUCAUGUCAUAAAGUGGUCAACACGCAAGUACCAGAGAAUCCGGGGCAGUGGCUUAAAGACUGGAGUAAACAGAUUCAAAACCAAGUCACUUUUGUUCUUGACAAUGCAGAUGGUGUCAUCAAAUCUGAAGAUCGCGAAUCUUUCUUCAAUUUCUUACGUGAUGUAAGAAUGUUUUCGGGAAAAAAUGUCACAUUUGUGAUAACUACAAGAAGAACAUUCCAAAAUCCCGACCUACUGUCAGAAGAAGUCAGGCUACACCCGUUGUCAAACGAACAGGCCAGAAAUCUUUUGGAUGCUCAGGUUCAAAAUGUUCAAGAGCUUUCUAAAGCAGAGCGCAUUGUGGAACUUUGUGGCUGUGUUCCUCUGGCACUAUGCAUUGUUGGAUCCCUCCUUUCAGACUACACCGAAGAAACUCUAAUUAAAAACCUGGAGAAAGAACCACUCGCUGUACUGGAGGACGAUCAAGUGUCUAUAGAAAAGGCCAUCAAGACUUCUUUUGAUCUUUUGACUGAAGCUGGACAAGAAGCCUUCGUUCUUAUGUCAACUUUCCAGGGGUCAUUUGACUCAGUUGCUGCCGAAGCUGUGAUGAAAGCAUGCUCAAUUCCUGGAAUUCAGCCCAUCUCGAUAAUUCGCUUCUUGAAAAAGAGUUCGCUAAUCGAGCAACCAAGUUCACAGAGGUACCAGAUGCAUCCUCUCAUUCACUCGUAUGCGAGGAAGAUUGGUCAUGCUAAGUAUGCUGAUCUCUUAGCUAGAGGAGAAAAAUUGGCUUGUGUUUACUUUGUGUCUCGUCUUGCAAAUAACGCCGAAUUGUACUGGAAAAAAAACAGCUGCAAAGAGUCCUUAUUUUCAUUCAACAAGGACAGGAACAAUUUCGAGCAUUUCCUUUGCAUUUACGCUCAAAGAAGGGAGGGAAAGGAUGAAGAAAUUAUGGAAGGCUCUCAAACUCUUUUGGAGAGUUUUCCACAGAAGUGCAUGUAUUUGGAAAAGUGUCUUCAUCCAAAGAAUUAUGCUCACAUUCUUGAGCAGUUAUUGGACACAAUUGACUCAACUAUUCAGCCAAUGCAUGUCGUAGAACUGUUGUGUCUUCUUGGACAUGAGUGUAGGAAGAAAGACCAAAAGAAGUACAAAGAACUUAUGGAGAGAGCGGAAGAAAUUUAUCCAUUGUAA